AUGGCGCCCCAACCCCGUCGCCCCGGCGCUCACCAUCACCGCCUCCGACGCCGCUGGACCCUGCCGUCAUCGGGGCACCACCACCUCGCUGGACUGCCUCGCCUGCAUCGCGUCGUCCCCGUCCCACACCUCGAGCACCACUGCCCCGUGCCCUACGCCCCGCCGGUGAGGCCCUCGGCCUCUACCUUCCCUCUUCCUCUCCCUGUCCAGAACGUCACGGCGCUGUCCACGUCCUCCCUGCGUUGCCCCACCGCACGCGUGACGAGCCCGCGCGUCCAUCCGGCUCCGGCCGCGCCGCCCGGGCCAUGCCCUCCUCGUCCAGCCGCAACCCUGUGCGCCCCCAUGCAGCCCCGCUCCGGCGCUCCGCUGCCGCCUACACGCCGCCGCAUCUGCCGCUGGCGCCCGCAAGCACCUGCGUCCGCGCGCGUCCACCGUUGUGCUCCCGCAGCUUACCUCCCGCUCGCCCCUGCUGCUGCUGCCGCAUCUCCGCCAUGUGCGCCCGUCACCGCCCACCGUUCCGCUUCCCCCAUGCGGCGCCGCCCGGGUUCGCCCCCGCUGGCCGUCGCCCACUCCGGCCAAACGCCACAGCGCCCCGAUGGCCUCGCCUCGCCUCCCCGGUCGGGCUCGGCCCCAAACGGGUGCACCCGUAACCGCACCGCUGGCGCCCGCGCCCGCUAA